AUUGCAAUCAUGGCUGUAGCGUUCGUCGCUGCAUCGGAGGCAUCUUACCUGCCGUACGGUGACGAUUUGUCCUACCAGGGCUAUGGUUAUGGACAUCCUCUCUCAAAGGUUGUCGUGGGCUCUUCGUACGGGUACGGUCUGCCAGCAGCUGUGGACAAGUACUCCUAUCCAUCGUAUUACAGUUCCUAUCCGGCCGUGAAGAACGUGGUCGAAUAUCCGUCGGUAGCUCCGGUGCUGGCCACUAAGGUCGUCGAUAACAGCUACGGACUAGGAUACAACAAGCUGGUCGCCCCGCUGGUGUCUCCGGUACUUUCCAGCGGAUACGGUCUUGGGUACAACAAGCUGGUCGCCCCAGUCGUCACCACCAAAGUCGUUGAUAAUGGUCUGUGGAACUAUGGCAGUUACGGGCUAGGAUACAACAAGUACCUGUCGGCCGCUCCAGUUGCCAAAUAUGUUCUUUAA